GUAACUCAAAACCCUCAAAUCUUCGAUCGCCAUUGUUACAAAAAUUCUUGAAUUCGAAGAGAUCUCUAGAUGAGAGGUGCUAUAGGAAGAAGGUUCUCAAACCCUAAUGGCUUCACCAUUGCAUCUAUAGUCAAGCAAACUCCAUUUCUCACCCAAUCCACAUUUCAUUUCUCCUCUUCCUCCGACUCCGCCGGCCGUGGUCGUGGACGUGGUUCCGAUGGAGGGUUUCCCGCCGCUGGAAGGGGACAAUUCGGUGUGAAUCGUGAAUCGGAAAAAGCUAGCGAACCGGUGGUUCCUGGACGUGAAUCGUCAUCCGCCGGAGGUUAUGGUCACGGUCGUGGUCGUCCGAUCCAAUCUGAUUCGAUUUCUCCUGCGUUUUCUUCGUUUGUUAGACCUGAUUCUUCUAGUGUUGGCCGUGGAAGAGGAUCUGUUGGAUCAGACUCCGUUUCACCUUUCGCUGCUGAACCUUCUCGCCAUUCGCCCCCGCCACCGCCGCCACCGCAGCAACAACAGUCACAAUCGCAGCAACAGCGUUCACAACCACAGCAGCAGCCGCGUUCACAACCGCAGCCCAAUGAUGAAUCUCAGGGAAGUCCUGUAUUUGUGAAGCUGCAGGAGAUGAAGGACGUAACUUCGUCGCCGCCAGCACCAGAGUCUAAAUCUGGUCAAACUGAUCUACCUGAUAAUGUAUUCAAUGCAUUAGGAAGUGAAAUUCCACACUCAAGUGGAGCAGGUAGAGGGAAGCCUCUUGUGGAAUCUGCUCCAAUCCAACGAGAAGAAAACCGUCACAUUCGACGUCCUCCGCCUCCACCACAGCAGCAGCGUUCACAACCGCAGCAGAAGCGGGCUCAAACGCCUAGGGAUGAAACUCCCAGGCCACGAUUGAGUGCGGAAGAAGCUGGAAGAAGAGCAAGGAGCGAGCUUUCACGCGGUGAAGCUGAAGGAAGCGGUGUGAGGGGAAGAGGAGGGAGAGGAAGAGGAAGAGGAGCAAGAGGGAGAGGCAGAGGAAGAGGUGGUGAAGGAUGGAGAGAUGAUAAGAAAGAAGAAGAAGGUGAACAAGAGGCUAUGAGUGUAUUUGCUGGAGAUUCAGCUGAUGGAGAGAAGUUUGCUAAUAAAAUGGGACCUGAAUUGAUGAAAACAUUGGCAGAAGGUUUUGAGGAAGUAUGCGAGAAGGCAUUGCCUUCUACUACUCACGAUGCCAUUAUAGAUGCCUAUGACACCAAUCUGAUGAUUGAGUGUGAACCAGAAUAUAUUAUGCCGGACUUUGGAUCAAACCCUGACAUUGAUGAGAAGCCUCCAAUGUCUCUACGGGAGUGCCUUGAGAAGGUGAAGCCUUUCAUAGUGGCUUACGAGGGAAUCAAGGAUCAAGAAGAAUGGGAGGAAGCAAUUAAUGAAGCCAUGGCACAAGCUCCCCUUAUGAAAGAGAUUGUUGAUCACUACAGUGGUCCUGAUCGAGUAACUGCUAAGAAACAGAACGAGGAACUUGAUAGAAUUGCUACAACAUUACCCAAAAGUGCACCUGAUUCCGUAAAACGAUUUGCAGAUCGUGCAGCUCUUACUCUUAAGAGUAAUCCUGGUUGGGGAUUUGACAAGAAAUACCAGUUUAUGGACAAACUCGUAUUGGAAGUGUCACAAAGCUACAAAUAGAUAACUCAGAUUUCAAACGUUUUUAAAGCGUCAUUGCCGGUUGAGUUUAUAUAGAUCGUAUUCUAGAUCUUGCCUCUACUUAAAACGGUACCCAUUUCUUUUGAACAACUACUCCAAAUUUGGGCGUUAGCUUUUUUCGUCAUACGCUAUGAGGGUUCCCAUAAUAACGGCAUUGUUCUUUCGAUCUUUGUUACUCAAGAGAUUGUAUUGUAUCCUUUUUCUUCAAUGGGUUAUAAACAGGUUUAAGCCUGAUUUGGAUUUGUGUAAUUGAAAAGAGAAUGAUUCUUGACUGUUUUGGGGUUCUAGUGUCUAAGACAUGCCUUAUUAGAGAAGCAAAAGAUAGAGAGCGUAGUAUGUUUGUUCA